AUGCUGACAAUACAAUUAGACUUCGAGGAAUUCAAGAACGAAGUUGAACAUUUAAUAAGAGUUGCGAAGGAGGCGAUGGGGCUGGGCAGAACGGUGGAGGGAUCAGGACGUGGUGGCCGUUAUUCAUGUGGAUAUUUUGAAAACUUCCAAGAAUAUGGUAAUUUUGUACAACAAACUUUUCCUGGAAUUGUAAUUGAAGGACAAGAAUUUAAUCCUUCCUCUUGGUGGGUUGUAUUAGCAAAUGCCUUUGAUGUGCCAGGCACUUCUGAGGUCAAGGUGCCGAAGUACCAGGCUCCUCUUUUCCUUUCCCAUAACCGUAGUGACGCCAUGCUGGAAAAAGAUCAGAGACGAUCGAUAAGUGAACGUGCCUCACCGAGCAAGCGCUGCCGGAGGGCGGCGACGUUGCGGGCGGCGGCGGCGGGCUGCUCGUGGACCUCCCUGCGGGCGCGCUCCGCCCACGCGGCCGGCAGCGGCAGCGGCGCCAGCCCCACGCACGGCCCCACGGCGCCCGCCAGGCGUAACCUCUUCGUACAAACUAGUUCCAUCUUCAAGAAUCAAUUAGAACUUGUUGAUGCACCAUUUUCUUGUAAUGUACUUGUAAAAUCUGCACCACCAUCAUCAUUGACUGAAGCAACACAAGCUUCUAUUGCCCCUGAUAAAAUUAUAUGGACAUUAACUGCCACCGGGUCAUACCCAAUUGCAGUUCUAAUAAAUGUAUGUAUCUGCUCACCCGCUCUUCAGUGCCGCGCAGCAAUAAGCAACACGGCGCACGCGCGACUUACGUCUUCCGACGGCGACUGGGAGCCGGGCGAUGCGUCGGUCCUGAGCGUCGUGCGCGAGCAGCGAUUCGAAAGCGAGCGCCACCGCGGCUGGGCUUCUGCGCGCGACUGCCUGCCUCCGGCAGAGGAGCGGGAGCUGGCGCUGGCCCCGCGCUGGCGCGGGCGGUGGCGGGGGCGGAGGCGCGGACGCGGGCGGGAAAGCGAAGGCGGCUCAGCGGCGCGGCGCGCGGCGGCGCCGGAGGCUCUGUGGAGUCGCUCCGCGGGCGUUUCGUCGACUUCCCUGCCUGACCUUGGUCGGUUUCGCGCGCGGACGGGCGGACGAGUGUCCGAGGACGACGCGGAGAGGGGCGGUUGGCGACUGCGUCCACUCGCCGCAAGAGGCUGCGCCGCCGCGCCGGGAGCCCGCCUCUCGAGGGACGAACGGGACGUCUCUCCGCGAGGUCGUAACGCGGAGCUUGUCAAGUGGGUUGCGUGA